AUGCGGAAUGAGAGCCAUACCGGUAAACUGAUCUGCCGCGUCAACUACUAUGAAGCCAUCUUUGACACCAUCUCAGACGACGACAUCCUCGCUGCACUUGCUGAGGUCGAUCAGGAUCAGGAUCCAAACACGACAAGUCAGUCUACCAUUGUGGUGGAUGUUAAUGAUAGCGAGGACGAAUCGAUCAUAGACGACAACGACGAUGACCUCGCUGCAUUCGCUGAGGUCGUUCAGGAUCAGGAUCCAAACACAACAAAGGCCAUUAACACAAGUCAUAUCAACACAAAGCUCCUCUUCCAGUCAUGCAAGCACUUCAAGCACUUUGUUGCCCGAGUGGACCUCUCCAAUGCCCUCCACCAUGGAUACUGCUUCUGGAUGCAUGGCCAUUUUUCUUGA